AUUCAAUUCAUUUGUUUGGAAGGAUGAACGGAAUUAGUGCAAGGGUUGAUGUCGUUGGAGAAGAACUGUACAGAAGUUCCUUGGAGAUAGUAAGGGCUUCUGAAGAAUACAAACCAAAGGGAAGUAGUGAAGUGGUGGAAAUGGGUGAACCACAGAUGAACAAACUGGAACCUCUGUCAGAUGAAGACAAAAGCACUAUUCGCUUCAAUGCCUUCGGUACAGCAGCUGGUUUCUUUGUGAAUGGCUAUAUGUACGAUAUCAGUAUAGUACUAUUGACAAUGUUUUCAGAUAUUUUCCCAAGUGUUGCCAACGACAACACUUUGCAGUCUGCAAUAGGAGUCUCUAUGCUCUAUGGAGUCAUGUUUGGUCUACUGGCUUUUGGUUUUAUUGCAGACUACUUUGGAAGAAAGAAGGGACUCAUUAUGUGUUCCUGUCUUGUUCUUUUGGGAAACAUUAUUGGAGUCGCAAUGAAUGGAACUACUCAUGUAGGUCUUAUGUGGAUGAUGUGUAUCGCUCUUGGAGUUGCAGGCCUUGGAAUGGGAGGUGAAUAUACUUGCAAUGUCCCGAACGUCAUGGAAGAUAGUGAACAGCUCAAUACUGCAACGAGAGGUCGAAGAGUUGCUAUGCUCGUCAUGUGUUUAGAAGUUAUUGGAAAUUAUGCUCCUUUCGCUGUUCAGCUUCUCUUGGUUGGCGUUGCAUGUCGCCAUUCGUAUCUCGGAGUUGCUUCCAACUGUAAUUGGAACGUUGUGGCUCGACUAUCCUUUGGAAUUGCCACCAUACCUGUGAUAACAGUUCUUAUAUUUCGAACAAAAAUGAAGGAUUCUCUUAUGUUUAAGAAGGAUCAGCAACGGAGAGGAAGAAGAUACGAUGGAUUGGAUUUAUUUGUCAUUCUUCGUCAUUUUAUGCCUAGAACAAUUGGUACUGUGAUUAUGUGGUUUUUAAUAGAUUGGAUCAACUAUAGUCAGGGUACCUUUGGUGCACUUAUUUUACAAACUGUUAUUGGAGUCUCCCUUUUCAAAAGUAUUUGGAUAUCUUUAGUUGAAGGUGCAGCAUGGUUGAUGUGGCUUCCUUUUCUCGCAGCCUUUGUAGUAGACAAAUUGGGUAGGAGGAAGACAGAAAUGCUUGGAUGGAUGUGGUUAGCAAGUACUCAGAUCAUUAAUACUGGCUUCUUUUGGCAACUAAAAGCGAAGCCUAUUGCAUGGAUUAUUUGGAGCACAUUUGUGGGAGGAUUUCAAUAUUUUGUCUUUAUACCUGUAUAUUUGGUUCCUGCAGAAGCUUUUCCAACUCGAAUCAGAGCAACUAUGUAUGGUAUUUCUUCUGCUCUUGGCAAGAUGGGUGGUAUUGUUGGAACGACAACAUUUCCUAGUAUUUGGUUACGUUGGUCUGGAGGUGUCACGAAAACAAAUGAAGGACUUCGAAAGACAAUGUGGUUUUAUGGUGGCAUGGAAUAUUUGGCUUUGAUUAUUUGCACAUUCUUUGUUCCAGAGUAUUCUCAUCGAUCUCUUGUCGGGGAAGAUACUCGUUUCAUUGAGUUGAGAAGAAGGCAUUGCGCCCGCCUUGCUCAAAAGUGUCAAGUGACACCUGAGGAUUUACAACGUGAAGAUUUGCAACAGCACAACCUCAAGACUAUGAUUCGUAAAUUCUUUUUCGCAUCAAAACAGGAAUUUUCUGAAUAUCGUCGUGUAUAUUUGGCUUCUCUUUGUCUUUCCGAAAAACUUUUGAACACUGCCCAUAUUGAAUACGUUGCCAGUUUACCUGUGGACUACAGAGAUCUAACUUUAUUUUCUUCGUUGUUGUUGAAAUAUAAGUUGGGCAAGGAAGGCUAUCGAAAGUUUGUAGAAAAUUCUGAAGCUAUGGGAUUUUAUGAUUCUACUAGAGAAAUGGAAAUGUUUUAUGACAAAGAAAAUGGUAAAGUAGUGGAUGACAUCGCUUCUCAAGUACUGGAUGAUGAGAAACGCUCUUAAUGUUUUUCUCAUUUGUGUCGUUAUUAUUAGUUAGUAAAGAACAACUUGUUUCCGUUGCAGUCAAUAUCAAAACAAUAUUACGGUUUCAUAACUGAGAUACAAUCGUGCACUU